AUGCACUUCGUCAUCCCUCUUCUGGUCUUCCUCACGACCAACUUCUGGGGACUCUUCCACACAGUCCCCUUCACGACCAUCAACCCCUCCUGUUCGGUCUUGGAGCGCGCCCUCGGAGGUGUACAGCUGGCGAGCACCCUGUACACCCUCGACCAACUCCCAUGUCUGGUCUUCGAGGACACCUUGUCCGGCCUCCUCACAAAGGAGUACCUCCUCGACUGGAACGCCGUCAUCCUGGGGCCUGCAACGGAGCCAGCGAUGACAAUCAGUCCUGGCUUUCGUCCCGCUCUGGCCCCCGUGACCACCUCCACCGGCCUGUCUUCCACGCCCGCCUCGCCCACCUCGCCAUUCGAGUCGACCGCGACAUCCACCUCUGGCCAACAACGCGCGGACUUCACAGCGCAGGCCCAUGUCGAAACGGUCAGCCAGUACGUCCUGUUCGCGGUCUUCGUCAUCGUCAUCUGGCUCGCCAUCAAGUGGGCCGAAGCGAUGGGUGGCAUCGUCUCCGCCAACAGCCAGCUUGGACAGGUACAAGUCCAGCAACGGGCUCUCUGGGAAGGUCAGGAAGUCAUCCGGACCGGGAUGCAGACGCUCUGGGAAGGACAACUGGCCUUUUGUGACGGACAACAGGCGAUCUGGAACGCACAGCAGGCUCUCUGGCACGGCAUGGUCGCCGGCAGUGACAGUCUUGCCUUCCUGAUCGACGUGGCCCAAUCAAUACAGGCCACAGACAGACCUGUCCCGGUCGUGGAGGAUCUGGACAUCGAUGAAGAUAGUUCAGCAGUCAACCGGACUCUGCAUGAAGUCUUGGCCAGCUUGGAUUCGCUACGCCAGACCAUCGAUCGCCGGAUUGACGCCUUGGAGGACUUGCGGUCACAAGAUGACCCGGGGGAGACCUAG